AUCCGGAAGUGUAGGAAAGAAGCAGUUGUGGUACAUAAAAUCUGGAAAUGGAGAAAUGAGACUUCAGUGGCGCUCACUCAGCAUCUCUGGAAAGCGUAAGAUCUACUUUUCUCUCCUUCCACUCGCUGCCCCGGAGUCUCCAUCAGCUAAAAUGUCCCAUUUUGUGCUGUUUCACUGGAUUAUGAUACAGAUCUUUAUAGUGCACACCGCAUCCGAAGCUGUUGUUAGAGGAGUAAUAGGGCAACCUGUUCAGUUGCCUUGCUUCUACCAGGUGUCACGACAGAAGGACAUCUCCGAUAUGUGCUGGGGCAGAGGUCCCUGCCCAAAUUCAAAGUGCAGUAAUAAAAUUUUGCACACCACUGGGAAUAGGGUGACGUUCAGAAAAUCUCAGAGAUACAGUCUCCGGGGCUAUAUUUCCUAUGGAGAUGUGUCUCUCACGAUUGGGAAAGUGAAGGCAGAAGAUGCAGGUACAUACUGCUGCCGCGUAGAGAUCCCAGGUUGGUUCAAUGACAUCAAACGGAACAUGCGGCUGGAGGUGGUCAGAGCCCCUCCAGUGAUGACAACCACCACAAGAAAGGCUCCCGUUUCCCCCAAACGUUUUAGAAAAACAACUCUUGCUCCCCAAGCAACCUCUGAUCAUCAAACAGCAGCAGACACUGCUGUCCUCCUGACAACCACCAUCCCCGAAGCAACAACUGCAACCUCUGAUCAUCAAGCAACAGCAGAGACUGCUGUCCUCCUGACAACCACCAUCCCCGAAGCAACAACUGCAACCUCUGAUCAUCAAGCAACAGCAGAGACUGCUGUCCUCCUGACAACCACCAUCCCCAAAGCAACAACUGCAACCUCUGAUCAUCAAGCAACAGCAGAGACUGCUGUCCUCCUGACAACCACCAUCCCUGAAGCAACAACGGCAACCUCUGAUCAUCAAACAACAGCCGAGACUGCUGUCCUCCUGACAACCACCGUCCCCGAAGCAACAACUGCAACCACCGAGUCUCCAGCAGUAAUUACACUGGAGACCAUUGCUCCCCCAACAUUUGCUGUCACAGAAAAUUAUACUAUUCCAGCAACUGUGGUGACAACCAGUGCUCUCCCAGAUUUUCCAACUGGUUUCCAAGAAGCUGACAUGAGGACUGAAGAUGAUGAUGUGUUCUGCACAGCAGAAUCUGUCCCUCUUCCUGGAGAUACAAAGGUCACUACCAAAUUGCCAAGUACACUUCCAACUGCAGAGGGAACUAAAAGUGCUCACACUUCUCUCACAGUGGAAGACAUGCCAACUGCAGCAGCAACCCCUCCAGCAGCAACCACGCUUCAGACCUCAGAGAGAACCCUUGCUCCUUCAGCAAGUUCAGACGGCAAUGCUGAGAAACAUGAUGUUAACAGAGACAAGUUCCCCAGCUAUGCUAUUCUCAUUGCCUGUCUCCUAGCGGUGUUCAUUCUUUUCAUAUUGAUGCUCUCGUUGUUGUUUUGGAAACGACUGUGUCACCACGAGGAGACCAGGGAGCAUGAGUUGGUGGGGAUGCAGCAGGAGGAAGCCUGUGCAAAGAACAUGUUCACUCACUUGUUGCAGGUAAACACACAAAGAAGUUUAUAAUAAAAAGCCUUGGACGAGCGGAAGACCUUGAAAAAGUUUUUAGUGGCGCUGAAGGAGAAAACAGCGUUUUUUCCCUAUGAAGAGCUCCUACAUCAUCUGUAGAUGCCAUGGAAAAUGAAAAGGGCCUGUUUCAUGCUGCAUUGAGAGAUGCUUAUGAGCCCUCAAAAUACCAAUGGGUGUAAACCAAAGGCCAAAGCUUCGACUGUGAAAAUUUAAAAUCUUUGUGCAAAUUUUGCCAUGUCACCUUUAAAAUGCAGUGCAUGAAGAAGCUUCUUUGAGAAGGUGCUUUAUGCAUUAUUCAUAGGUUUUUCUGGCAUCUGCCUUCUUACUGAUACCAUGUUACAGAACUGAAUCUGCUUUCCUCCAUUUUUACUAAUGCACUUCCUUGAAUACAACUUAUACUGUGAGGAACAGAAGAGAGAAGAAAACAUGGAAUGCUGCCUAACUUCAAAUUGCCAAAAAAAACCCAAAAGAAAAAAAUCGGCAAAUACAGUUCUUAUUGCUUUUAUAUAAUCAAGAGAAAAAUUAAGCCACAAGAAUGCUGCGAGUAUAAAUAAAAAAUGCAGAUUACUUAAGGAGUACCAAUGCUGCCUGUGAUUCAGCAUGUUAGAAUGACCCUUGGAGACUAUGUUAAUAAACUUUGUAAUUUACCACUA